UUGGUUGACUGGAGAAAUAGGAAGUGCUGUUUAGUAGUAGCGGCUUACGGGUUAACCCUGGCAUCUGAUGACAUUUAAUCAAGGGCCUCUGACAGUUUUCCUAAUGGUUAGUCGAAAUAUAAUGGGGUUCUGUUUCAACGUUGAGCAUCAGUAGUAGAGGACGGUGUCUCCUUUCUAAAGAUUAAUGCACACGAUAGCCCGAAUCCCUAGCUAACGUUAGCUACCGUGUUAGCCACCGGCUAAUCAUAACAGUCCCGAGUCUUGAGUUCUGUUCUUGGUUGGUUGAAUAACGUGCGUAAUAAUAAUCGGUAUCACACUAUAUGGCAUUAUUUGCAAUGGGAGUGAAUUGGUAGUUUGUCAUACGAUCUUUAUGAAGGACACAACGUGUCAACGUCGGACCAAACGAACUGGAUGUUCUGCAAUAGCAAUUUCCAAAGCUACAGCUAGCAGCUUGUAAGCUUGUUUCCAGUACAACGAUGGGCUGCGAGAGGUUGUAUAACUCAGCGAAGUUACUGUGUGUCUUCAGCAUUGUUCUGGUUGUCUUGGCUAAAGGGAUUACUGCUGAGGAAGAUCAAUAUGGAAAUGAAGUUUCAGAGUUAAAGUCCUACCAUGACCCUGAGAAUGAAGAAGAAAGUGAGGCAGUAAGGUCAAGAGUUGUAGCUGGGGGCAGUGUGUCCUCUACGUCCACGUCUGAGCAGCCAGACCCCCUGGAUGACCGGCUGGAGGGGGAGGAACGAGAGGACUUGCCUGACCAGCCUCCCCCGAUCAUGGAGCGACCUAUAGAGAUUCCUGUGGUGAACGGGGGUACCGCCAACGGAGAGGCCUGCAUGUUCCCAUUCCUCUUCCAGGGCCAAGAGUACUCCCAGUGCACCACCGACGGGCGGAGCGACGGCAGGCUGUGGUGCUCCACCUCCUACGACUACGACCAGGAGAAGAGAUGGGGCUUCUGCGAGACGGAGCAGCAGCAGGAGCAGAGACAGCAGGCGGAGGAGGCGGAGGAGCUGUACCAGGCGGUCGUCCGCCUGCUCAACACCACCACCCGAAAGAGCCACAAGAAAGAGCUGUACGAGAAGCUGCAGAAGGUGGCUGAGAAGGGCCACCACAAGGCCAUGGAGAAGGUGGCGUACGCCAUGCUGUUCGGAGACUACUUGGCCCAGAACGUGCCCAGAGCCAAGGAAAUGUUUGAGAAGCUGGCCAAGGAAGGGUCGCCCAAGGCCCAGACGGCACUUGGCUUCUUGUAUGCUGCAGGGCUGGGAGUCAACUCUAGCCAAGCAAAGGCCCUCGUGUACUACACCUUCGGAGCCCUGGGUGGAAACAUGGUGGCCCAUAUGAUCCUGGGGUACCGAUACUGGGGUGGAGUGGGAGUGCCCCAGAGCUGUGAAUCUGCGCUGACGCACUACAGGCUGGUGGCCAAUCAGGUGGCCAGCGACGUGACCCUGACCGGGAGCAGUGCCGUGCAGAGGAUACGUCUGCUGGACGAGGUGGAGAACCCGGGCUCCACCAGCGGCAUGCUGGAGGAGGACCUGAUCCAGUACUACCAGUUCCUGGCGGAGAAGGGAGACGUCCAGGCCCAGGUGGGACUUGGCCAGCUCCAUCUGCACGGAGGACGAGGAGUGGAGCAGAACCACCAGAGGGCGUACGACUACUUCAACCAGGCUGCCAACGCGGGCAACACCCACGCUAUGGCCUUCCUCGGCAAGAUGUACUCUGAAGGCAGCGAGUUUGUCCCCCAGAACAAUGAGACUGCCCUGCAGUACUUCAAGAAAGCCUCAGACUUGGGUAACCCUGUGGGACAGAGUGGUCUGGGGAUGGCCUACCUGUAUGGAAGAGGUGUCCAAGUGAACUAUGAGCUGGCGCUGAAAUACUUCCAGAAGGCGGCGGAACAGGGCUGGGUGGACGGACAGCUUCAACUGGGCACCAUGUAUUACAGUGGUAUCGGCGUGAAGCGGGACUACAAGCAGGCGCUCAAGUUCUUUAACCUGGCGUCCCAGGCGGGCCACAUCCUGGCCUUCUACAACCUGGCCCAGAUGCACGCCACCGGCACCGGGGUCAUGCGCUCCUGCCACACGGCCGUGGAGCUCUUCAAGAACGUGUGUGAGCGCGGCCGCUGGUCGGAGCGUCUGAUGGGGGCCUACGCCGGCUUCAAGGAGGGCGACGUGGACGCCUCUCUGGUCCAGUACCUGCUGCUGGCCGAGCAGGGCUACGAGGUGGCCCAGAGCAACGUGGCCUUCAUCCUGGACCAGACCGAAGGGGCCCAGGUGUUCCUGGAGAACGAGACGUACCCGCGGGCCCUGCUCCACUGGACCCGGGCCGCGGCUCAGGGCUACACGGUGGCCCGGAUCAAGCUGGGGGACUACCACUUCUACGGCUACGGCACGGACGUGGACUACGAGACAGCCGUCAUCCACUACCGGCUGGCCUCGGAGCAGCAGCACAGCGCCCAGGCCAUGUUCAACCUGGGCUACAUGCACGAGAAGGGCCUGGGCAUCAAGCAGGACAUCCACCUGGCCAAGCGCUUCUACGACAUGGCGGCGGAGGCCAGUCCGGACGCCCAGGUGCCCGUCUUCCUGGCGCUGUGUAAGCUGGGCCUGGUCUACGCCCUGCAGUACCUGCACGACCUCAACGUGGACGAGCUCCUGACCCAGGUGGACCUGGACCAGAUCCUGGGCCCCGAGUGGGACCUCUACCUCAUGACCGUCAUCGCCCUGAUGCUGGGCACCGUCAUCGCCUACCGCCAGCGCCAGCACCAGAUGGUGGUGCCCCCCCGGCCCCCGGCCCCCGCCCCCGCCCCCGCCCCGGUCCCCGCCCAGGCCCCGGCUCCUACCCCACCCCCGGCCCCCCAGGACCAGGACCAGGACCAGGACCAGCAGCCAGACCAGGCCUUGCCCGAGCAGCCCGCAGGAGGGACUGAAGGGCCCGCUCAGGACGCACCGGCAGAGCCAGAGCAGCAGCUUUGA